AUGGGUUUACCCCAACCUUCGACAGUCAAGGAUGAUGCGCCAACAGCAUUGCGUACGUCUACUUCUUGUCCUCCAGAUUUUGGAGGAGUUAGUGCCUGCUAUUUGGAUGGGCUUCCAGCGGGAAGCUCUAGCAGCAGGGUGCUUUCAUACCCAUUGAUAGGUGAUUUUAAUAGAAAGACCACAUUAGAUGGUCCGAAUGAAUCAAAUGGGUAUUCUAAAGACAAUCAUGAAUUUGAACAUGCAGACCUCCGUGGACUAAAUAUUGAUUCAAGGGAUGGAAAUUCUAGAUCUUUUCCUAAAUUGGUGCCUUCUGUCCACAUGCCGGCAAGAAGGGUUGUGGGCUUUGAUUCUGGUUGUGGAGGUUCUGAUGGAACAGAAACGAAUAUGGUCGAUUCAUCUUUGGUCAACAGUAAUUGCAAUUCGCCAUUUGAUCAGCAUGAACUCCAGGCAAGGAAAAGACUGCUCUCUCCAUUGAAAAAUGUGCUCCCUAAACAGUUCAAUGGUGAUGUGCUCAAUCUUUCUUCUGGUGAUUCUAGAUUUAGGCGUUCUGAUUCAGCCGAUAAACUAUACAGUACUGGCUCCCAAGAUAAUAAAAAGCCAACACAGGAUGCCUCAAUUCUUUUGAAACACGGGAUACUCCAACCUCUAGGUGCUCCAGCUGGAGCCCAGAAUGGGAUGUUACUAGGAGCAAUUCUAAUUCAUUCACUGAUGGUGACAGGAUCUCAAAGAUCUAUAAUGAAAGAUCUUGAGAAUGACUUCCUAGAUUUAAAGGAAACUGGAGGUUCUGACAGAGCUAGGAUGCAGGAGGUAUCAGAAGGAACUAACUUGUUACAUGAUGAACUUGAAGUCAUGACACCUAAAUGGAGUUCAUUGAGAAGAUAUAGAAAUUGGGGCCCUGAAUCUUCCCUACAUCUCCCCGACUACACAUCUCCUCGAAUUGGUUAUGGUCGGAGUUUGUCUUUGCAUGUAAGGAGGUCACUCGUUGGCUCCUUUGAGGAGUCCCUUUUAUCUGGUCGAUACUCGUAUGGAAAAGACAGUCAGGUGGUGAGCAACCCAGAGAAGACUCCACUUCAUACUUUCUUCUGCAACUAUGACUUGAGUGACAUGCCUUCUGGAACCAAGACUUUCAUGCGGCAAAAGGUCACACUCUCCCCCUCUGUCUUACCCUCUAAUCCAGUGGAAGAAGGAAGCAAGACUUGCGAUGUUAAUGUUGGCCCCAAAUCUUCUCAGUCAGUUUCAUGUGGAAGUGAACCUAGUGAACGCGGAACUCUAUGUUCUGAAUGCUGCGGUGGUGGACAGAACUGCAACUCAAAUGACGAAUUAGAAAAAGGAGAUCCGAAAGCAAGAUGUCGAUCAUUGGAUAGUGAUUCUAAUGAAUCAAAUAAGUCUAGUUCUCCUGGAAAUAAGAAAGACCAUUCUGAUUCUGAUGGUUGCUGCUGUCAAAUGAAUAAGUCUGGCAUAGGAGAGAAGAAAUCAUGCUGCUCACCUUCUAAGAUCAAUGAUAGUUCAGGUGGAGCUGCACUUCGCUACGCUUUGCACCUGCGAUUUCUGUGCCCCUCCAAGAAAUCCUCGAAAUCAAUGCUUCGGUGCAAAUCUGAUCCAUCAUCGGCACCAUAUAGCAACAAUACAUUACCCGAGGAAGAGCGGAGGUUCUAUCUGUACAAUGAUCUUAGAGUUGUAUUUCCUCAAAGGCACUCAGAUGCAGAUGAAGGCGAGCUGCGUGUGGAGCAUGAGUUGCCCGCUGAUCCCAAGUACUUUGACAUAAGCAACUGA